AUGUCCAGUAACAUUUUCCGCAUCUUCAAACCAGGAGGUUGGACGAAUGAGGCGAAGCUUGUGUACGAGGUCCAGGAUCUCCGGCAAGCGGUAGAAGCUCUCCAGGGUUACAUUCGCGACCAUGGCAUUGCCGUCCCGGACGUUCUUCCCCCCCAUCUUCAUAUGCAUAAACAUCAUCCCGACAGCCAGGCUGCUCGUCCGUAUCACAGCCACCAUCAUGCUCAAGAUCUGAAACCCAGCUACAGGCCGCCAGAGCACAGCCCUGGCCAAAAUGUCGUCCCAUCGGCCCCCGCCUCAGCCGGGUCUGUCGUUCGGAUGGGCGACGUAGACCCACAGGUUGCCGGGAUGGAGUUCGUGUUGACGCUCGAGAGUCCCUGUCUGCCACACCUGCACGGCGAUCCGGAAAACCCCGAGGAUGCAUCCUGCCAUGCUCUUACCACAACCGCACAGCUCGUGGCUAUGUAUCCAGAGCACCCGAUUGAAUCAUCUGCCGAGCGUGGGGCAUUGUGCCAGCAAGUGCCUGGACGCAUGCUAGACUCGUUGCUCAGCCUUUCUAAGACGCUCUGUCCCGAGGACCAUAUGACGCCGGUCCAAGCUUGGAGCCAUAUUCGUUCACAGCCACACUUUGGGGGCUUGGAACUUGGGGCCUUGCAAUCGCUGGCGGAGAAGCUGCGCGAUUCUGUCAAGUGCCAUGGGUAUGUUGAUGUAUGA